AUGACGCGAUUGCCGAUAAUCGACUUGGUAUAUUCUCAGUAUCGGGGGGUGUCACUUUCCAAUGGUGUUGACCAAUAUCUCGGGAUGAAAUAUGCAAAGACACCCUUAGGCGACUUGCGAUUCCGAGGUCCGAAAGAUCCAGAAGAUACUGUAGGGGUCUCGGAUGCAUCAUCAUUUGGACCCCUUUGCGCGGGGGUUGGAGAGUCAACAAAUGACUCCUUAGCAGAGGAUUGUUUAUUUAUCAAUGUCUGGCGACCAACGAAUGCGACUGCGGAUUCCAACUUUCCUGUCUGGUUGUUCAUUCAGGGAGGUGGAUACGCCAAUAAUGCGAAUGGCAACUAUAACGGCAGCGAGGUUGUUCAGCAGUCUGGUCAUAACAUUAUCUUUGUCAACUUUAAUUACCGCGUCGGUGUCCUUGGAUUUCUUGCCAGUGAGCACGUGCGAAAAAAUGGAGAUCUCAAUGCUGGACUGCUCGAUCAGCGGAAGGCACUCCAUUGGGUUCAGAGGCACAUUCGCAAAUUUGGAGGCAAUUCAAGCCAUGUAGUCAUUCAUGGUGACUCUUCCGGUGCAGGAUCAGUUGCCCAUCAUCUCACCGCGUAUGGUGAGCGCAAUACAGACCUUUUCAUCGGGGCAGUGGCAGAGUCACCAUUCUGGCCUACUCAAAGAACAGUUGCACAGAUGGAGUUCCAGUACGACCGAUUCGUAAAAGAUGUUAACUGUCAUAAGGCAAAGGACUCCUUGACAUGUUUGCGUUCUGUGGAUAUCAAAACGAUCCAAAAGUUCAACAUCGACAAGCCGUUUCCAGGGGGCAGUCCCACGCCAGUCCCCCGGUGGUAUUUCCUUCCUGUUGUUGAUGGACACUUGAUACAGGAUCAACUUUACAAUCUGUUCAGUGAAGGAAAUUUUAUUCACGUUCCCUUAUUAGUCGGGGAUGAGACAAAUGAGGGCACAGACUUUGCAUAUAAUGCAAGCAGCAAGUCCGAAGUAGCCCAGUUCAUGAAGAACAAUUAUCCCGGACUCUCUCAUGACCAGCUCGACGCGAUGAACAAAGCAUACGAAAAUGUGGAGCCCCUUCCUAAGCACGCAGCUUAUUUCGCAUCGGCUGCGGGCGCUUAUGGAGAUUCAACCUUCACUUGCCCAGGGAACUUCAUGACCGCCGCAAUGGCCAAAUCAUUCUCGUUCCACCGCAUCUGGAACUAUCGGUACAAUGUCCGAGACCCCACAAAGAUUGCAAAUGGGAUGGGAGUUUCUCAUAUAUUUGAUUUGCCUGCGAUUUUUGGGAUAGGGGAAACCAAUCAGCCAACUUAUUCAUAUGCCAGCUCCAACGCAAAAAUCGUACCCAUCACCAUGAACUACUACUUGAGCUUUAUCAGAGUCUUGGAUCCCAACAUUUACCGAUACAAAGACGCCCCAGAAUGGCAACCAUGGGGCUCAGGAGCUGGGCAGCGACUCAGACUCCAGACAAAUUCGACAGAAAUGGAAUCUAUUCCCCAGGUGGAGGUCGAGCGUUGCUCGAUGUGGAAAAAUUUCACAGCAAAUAUGCAGCAAUGA